GACCCUCUAGAUGCUGCAAGAAACUUUGAUUUAAUGCUACUUCUUGACCAAUUAAUAGAAGUAAAUCUUAAUAACUUUCUAUUACCAGAAGAACUAGAAAACAUUACCAAUCCUAUUCCAACUUUAGAAAUAGAAAACACUACCGAUCUUAAUUCGACUAUAGAAUCAGAAAUUAAAAACUUAAAAGACUCUAUAACUAUUCUGCUAACUGAUAUAUAUCGAACCAUUUAG